UCUGCCGUAAAUACAUUCUUGCGAGAGCUCAAUUGCAUCGGUUGUGCAUUAUAUGGAGAGUGCCCUAACAAUGGUUUGAUGAUGUCUGCCUGUUGUUCUACCUCUCUCCAUUAAAAGCAGCAAACUAUGCGCUCUCUUCUCACGCCUCACGUCUUCAGGCGUCUCCUCCGCGAUGAACCUAUUCGACAUUACGAUUGUUUGUACCGGCGCGCAAUUCACACCAGAGCCUACAGACUUCGAAUAGCAUCAAGUGCUCCGCGCCAGAAGCGCACACUCUUUGGUUGGAUCAAUCCUGUCCCUCAAGAAGUUCUUACAGCGACCAGCGAGAGAGCUUCGCUCGCUUAUCUCAAAGACGCUUGCUCACGGAUUGAGAACGACGUGCGGCCACCGCCAACGGAUCAGCUGGUGAAAGCUUGGACAUCCUUCAUCCACGAACGACAUGCUAGAAAAGCUAAGCUUAGCGACGUAGAGGCGAGUUAUGUAAGAACAAUAUUCGAACUGUUGAAAAAUGAGGCUCGGGCGGAGGGUAAGGAUUUUGGAGAGUUGGUUCCAGAUGAAGCAUUGGUAGCGGCGAUGGGGUGUCUGCAUUCUGCGGAUUUCAUAGAAGGAGAAAGGGCUGCGCAAGAGGCAUUUUGGCAGCUAUCAAAGACGCUGUUUGAUGAAAUCGAAGCGCGCGCGAGCAGCGACAGCGCGGGCGCCAUAUGGAGCGAGAAGAAGGAUGCACGGGGAACCAUAUACGAAGGGUUGUGGCUUAAGCAUCUUGGAAUCCUCGCACAAUGCGGCCAUGUUGCGGAAGCUCGCGAUGCGAUUUUGCGAUCCACGAUGCCGAGCAGAGUUGUCGAGUUCGCUUGGGUAGGUUUUCUCCGCCGACUGGCCGAAAGUUCUACGUCGCUACCGGAUAUCGAGUCACUCCCCGCCUUGAUCCAGAGACAGAUCUCCCCGUUGAAUGCGGAAAUCAGGAAGCGCCUCGCUGUGCUGUUCGCCAGGAAGGGAGAUAUGGCUCUUGCUAAGCAGCAUGCCGUGUUCCAGUCUGACGACGGAGCGCCGAUAACAGACGCGCGAUACUUGGAGACCCUCCUCAACGCUUGCCGCACACAUGACGCUCUUGACUGGGCUCGCGACAUACUGAAGGCAACCACGUCGAACACGUCCGUGAUGAAGUCCCACAAAGGUCUCUGGAACUUGGUUUUCAAAUGGGCUGUUACGACAGGAAAGUCCGUCGACGAAUUGGAUCGCAUGAUGAAAGUUAUGGUCAAGACGAAUCCGACGUUCCAGCCAAGCACUCAGGAUUUCAAUGCUUUGAUCCGGAUUGCAAACGAGAAGAGAGACCCAUACUUGGCUGAACGUCUGAUUACGUUGGGUGAACGAUGGGGCAACACGCCAGAUGAGGAGACCUACCUGUUGCAAAUGGACUACAGGCUAUCCGUUAACGACGUCGAGGGCGCAAGAGUUGCGUUUGACUACGUAAAGUCCUUCCAGGAGGGGCAUGGAGGUACGUCAGCGAGGAUAAAUCGCCUUAUUCAAGCCAUGUGCGCUCGAAAGUCGUACUCCUUUGACACGAUCAUGGACGUCGUUGACUUCCUGGGCGAGCGAGGCGGCAGGUUCGAGGCCCAGACUGUGGCCGCUCUGGCGACGCUGCAUCUUAACCGUGACGAGUACACCGACGUGGCAGACCUGCUGACCACACAUCUGGUCGAAUUUUCGCUUGCGGAGCGGGAGACGGUGCGCAAGGCCAUCCUGGAGCUCAUGCUCCACCCUUCCACGCCCCUAGCCCGUCUCUGGGACACAUAUAUGAUCUUCCAACACGUUUUCGAGGAGGCGCCCCGUGUCGACCGCACAGCCGUGAUGCGUCUCUUCUUCGAGCGCAAGAGACCGGACAUGGCGCUUCACGUCUUCAAUCACAUGCGCCGUCACGCCUCGCCCGCCAUCAACCCUGACACAGAGACGUACGUCGCGGCACUGGUCGGCUGCGCGCAUACAGCCGACGACGAGUCGCUCACGGUGGUAAACAACGUGCUCAAACUUGACAUCACGGCCGUGGAAACGACGCGUCUGAACAACGCCCGCAUGUUGGCCUUCCUCCUCACCGGCUCACCAUCCAAGGCGCAGGCGGUUUGGGAUGACAUCGUGCGCUCCGAGGAGGGUCCUUCUCGGAACUCGCUGCUGCUCGUGUUUCGCGUGUGCGAGCACUCCAAUUUCGGCGAGGUGAGAGCGAAGAAGGUCUGGAACUUGUUGAGGGAGAUGGACGUGCCACUCGACAGCGAGGUGGUGGCGGCGUACGUAGGCGCUCUGGCUGCGAAUGGGUGCGAGGAGGAGGCAAAGACUGUGGUAGAUAGUGCAGAGGACGUGCUGGGGAUCGCGGUCGACGACAUCAUUCUGGCGAAGCUGUUCAACGGAGCGGUGAACUCGGUCAAGCAGGUGCAGACCGAGAAGUGGAUCCAUGAACGCUUCCCGCAAGCCUGGGCAAGGCUUGAGAACAUGGGCUUCAGGACCACUCCCAAAGGCACGAGAGAGCUGCCCAUCGACGUGAGCAUGGAGCCAUGAACACUAGUAAGGACGCAGAAGGUAUCGUCACAAAAAAAGAGGACUUAGUCGCUUAUGCGCGUGACCGCCUCCCUUGUAUGCGUCUGCUCGUGUUCAGGAUCCUUAUUCAAGCACGCCCUCGGCAAGAAUUACAGUCGCCGGAACGGCGUCGAGGAAGACUGACAGGAGCGGUCGAUUGCUCAUAGCAACGAUAAUUUAUGGAUGAUGUGUGAGGGCAAUGCUCCUCUGAUGGUUUCCGACCUAGGCAGUUCCACAAAGGGCCAGAAGUGGUGCGAGUAUCACGUAACAGACUCAAUGAAGAGUACAAUAGGUGCUGUUAGCGGGAGAGAAAAGCCUUGUAGUAAUCAGUCGUGAUUGUCUUUAGCACAAAGCUCUCUAUCGUGCUACUGUCUCAAUCUCAGAUCCAUUUUAUCAAUCGCUAGUCGACGGCUCGCUCAUCCGUCAUUUCGUCAAUCAUUUUGCAGCAUAUCAUUGAAGAUCGAGUUUGUCCAACGUCCUUUAGCACUGAGCGUUCUUCGC